CGAGUGUUGUCGUUCAAGCUUGUGCGCUUGGUCCAGCAGUGCGUGAGUAGUACUAGAUAAAUAGGCACAGGCGCACUCUUUGAAAGUUUGAAAUAUAUCCAAAGAAUUCAGCGAAUGUCUGCGAUUGAUCUAAAAAGAAUUUAAAUAUAGUUAACAUUAAAUUUAAGCGUUUCUGGGAGCGUGUGACAAGAGUUGUUGUGCUGUUUAAACCGUGCGUAAUUGUCGUUUCUUUUAUCAGCUCCAUCAGUAAAAGUUUAUGUUUCCAUGACGAGACUUUGCAUUUUGAGGAAGGACAUCUAAGACCGGGAUAAAAUGACAGCGAUCAGAAUGGUUUCUUCAGUGUUGGUGCUGGUACUGAUGCAGUCCGGAGCUCUUUGCGCACGGAGGUUCCGGGGUGGCCGCAACCCACAACCACGACGCUCAUCACCUCCUCCCACAUACCGGGCGGAUCGGGGUGACACCACGGAGAGCUUCCCUCUGGAUUUCACCGCCGUGGAGGAGAACAUGGAUAACUUCAUGACACAAGUGAAGAACCUUGCGCAGUCCCUCUAUCCGUGCUCGGCACAGAGGCUCGACCACGACAUGAAGCUGAACUUUUUGGAGAAUACAUCAGUCACCUGCAACGACGGAAGUCCUGCGGGGUACUACCUGAAAGAAUCUCGAGGCAGCAGACGGUGGUUGAUAUUCUUAGAGGGCGGCUGGUACUGUUUCAACAAGGAGAACUGUGACAGCAGAUAUGAAACCAUGAGGAGAUUGAUGAGCUCAUCCAAGUGGCCCCAAACUAAAACAGGCACGGGGAUCCUGUCUCCGCUGCCUGAGGAAAACCCUCACUGGUGGAAUGCUAACAUGGUGUUCAUCCCGUACUGCUCCAGCGAUGUGUGGAGCGGCUCUAUAGCCAAAACAGAGCAGAGUGGAUAUGCCUUCAUGGGCUCACUGAUUAUUCAGGAGGUUGUGAAGGACCUGCUGAACAAAGGUCUGGACAACGCAAAAGUCCUCCUUUUAGCAGGAAGCAGUGCGGGUGGUACUGGGGUCCUUCUCAACGUGGACCAUGUGGCGGAGCUGCUGGAGGGACUGGGCCACACUGGGAUACAAGUGCGAGGCCUGUCUGAUUCCGGCUGGUUCCUGGACAACAAGCAGUAUCACUGCACGGACUGCGUGGAUGCUGUCAGCUGUGCCCCCACUGAGACCAUCAAGAGAGGCAUCAAGUACUGGGGAGGAGUGGUACCAGAGAGGUGCAGGCAAACCCAUGAAGGAGAGGAGUGGAACUGUUUCUUUGGAUAUAGAGUCUUCCCAUCAAUAAAAAGCCCUGUGUUUGUUGUCCAGUGGCUGUUUGAUGAGGCCCAGUUGACAGUGGACAACAUCCAGCUAACAGGCCAGCCUGUGCAGGAAGGCCAGUGGCGCUACAUCCAAAACCUGGGCAUUGAGCUGAGGAACACACUCAAAGAUGUCCCAGCUAUGUUUGCUCCAGCUUGCCUAUCACAUGAAGUUAUCACCAGAAAUUACUGGAUUGACGUGCAGGUUAAAGGCACCUCCUUGCCACGAGCUCUGCACUGCUGGGACCGCAGCCUCAACGACAACAGGAACAACAAGGCGCCACCCAAAGGCUGCCCCGUACAUCUGAUCGACAGCUGCCCUUGGCCACACUGCAACCCCACCUGCCCCACAAUCCGAGACCAGUUCACAGGACAAGAGAUGAACGUCAUUCAGUUCCUCAUGCACAUGGGCUUUGAUGUGCAGAAGAUGGCCCAGCAGCAGGGCAUGGACCCCAGCAAGCUACUGGGCAUGCUUAGCAGCGGCAGCUAGAGGGACACACAUGCACACAGUAUCAACAAGCUAAGCCCAAGCAGGACUGGCUGGUCUCUUUGACCAGUCUUCCAUGCCUGAUACCUCCAACUCCACCUUCACAACCAUUCUAACUUCAUCUGUCUACUCCUGUUUACUUUAGUCUAAGCCUCAGUCAAACACAGGGGGCUUAGAUUUGUCCCACAAUCCCUUUCCUAACAACGGGUAAAGUACAGGGGCAACACGCCACCACGACAAGGCACAACUCUCUGCUACUCUCCAUUUAAAUUAUCUUUUGCUUUGUAAAAGAAAAAAUAUCACAAAUGUAAUCCAGUUUUAAGGAUGCUCAUUGAUGUUUUGUUUUGUAUACUAUUUUCAUCCUUCCAUAUAGAUUAUAUAUUGUCAUUGUUAAAGAAGAAAACACACUACAAUGACGUAAGGAUGCUGUCUUUGUUAAGUAGUCACUAUAGAGUAUAUAAGGGUAUAAUUUUGGUUAAACUGUUUUAUAGUUUCUUAUCACACAAAAACUUACAUCAAGGGAGAGACAUGUACAUAUGACCAGGUGAGAAAAGCACUGGAUCAGAAAGAAAAUGUUGUAUUCAUCUCUAAAAUAAUGGCAAGAACGAUAAAGAGAGACAACUGACACCAAUACUCCUCUAAUCAGCUUGUAGUAUAAAAUCAGGUUGGAUUAGUUAGGCUACUGAAAAUAAAGCUGCAAAUAUUGGAUGUUAUUCCUUGCAAAUGAAAGUAGCCAAAAAGAAAUAAAAGACAGACAAUGCUCCACACUUCAUAUUAUUGUUGUGAUUAUCUUGGGUUUAGAGAAAAGGGAACUCAUACUUGAUAGUGUUGAAAUCUAGUGGUUUGGACAGCAGUGAUGAUGCCACGAUGCCCGGUUUAGUCGUUUGCUGGUGCUGAUUGUGGUACUAAAGUGGACCUCGAAACACUUUGACGGUUUAUCAGUAACUAUACAAACACCACAGUGCCAUUACAUCUAGUCUAUACCUCUUUCUCACAGGCCACAUCAUCACUAGAGGACUGUUAAAACCCGAAAUUAGGUCAAUAGUCCUGCAUUUCUCAUAUCAAUGCAAUGAACAUUUAAAGGGAGACAAAUAUCCUGUAUUGUGUAUUUUUUUGAGUAUUUGUACAGGUCCUUUCAAGUGUUCGCUAUUGUAACUCCCUUCUUAUAUUUCAUAAUAGAGAUCACUUUUUAAUAUAAUGACAAUGUUGUAUGUAAUGAUGUCUUUAAAAAUUAUGUUUUUAAAGGACCUCUAUUUCGCAUUAUACCAGAGAAGGAAAGGUAUUACUAAUUGUAAUUUUAUUCUGUAACAUAUUUUUUAACAGAAAAAAA